GCUUAACCUAGAACAUUGUUGUACUGUCACUUUCCAUUUCCAAUUUGCACACAAAAAUAUAAAUUAGCUCCAACGUGGAAGUGGUUUUGAAACUAGGUUGAAAAUUCCGUUUAAGCUCCAUUAUUUACAUAUGUGAUCCCUGUAGGCUUUCUGAAAAAUCACAGUCAACAUUCCCUUUAAACGGCAGAUUGAUCUAAUUAUUCUUUCCUAAACUCUUACUAUUCCACAAAUUUAUUUCUAAUUCUGUUUAGAAAAUAUUUUAUAAUGAAUCCUCCAAAAAAAGGAAAACAAGGCACUAGAGGUGCAAAACAAAUAGUGGAUGAAAAUAUUGAAACCUUGAAGUUCUAUCGCAAUUGUGCAUUAGGGACUACAGUAUUUGCAUUUAUUAUAAUGCAGUUUUUAUAUUCUUCUUUUUCGGUUCUCUUUAUUUUGUCAUGUAUUGUACAAUUUGGAGCAUACAAAUUUAUGGUAUAUAUGUCAAAAGCAACUUAUUCUGAAAGUGGACAAUUGUUAGAUAGUGGUGUAGACUUAAAUAUGACUGGUGGAAUAGCAGAGCACGUGAAAGAUGUUAUUCUGUUAACUUCUAUUUGUCAAGUGACCUCCCUCAUAUCUUACUAUUUUUGGCUCAUGUGGUUAUCUGGACCAGCUAGAGCAUUCUAUCUGCUAUGGAAGAAUGUACUUGGACCAUACUUUUUCCAGUCACCCCCGGCUCAGCCAGAAAUGGACGAGAAGAAACAGAAGAAAUUAGAAAGGAAAAUGAAGAGAAUGCAAAGAUGAUAAAUUGCCUUUUGAUAAUGAUUGUGAUCAAUUACUGAAGAACAGAACAAUGAAUGAUUUUAUAUUUUUA